AGACCCGGAGCGGCGGGGACGACGGCGCCCAGGCCGCGAGGGAAGUAAGAGCAGAAGCCAUUUCUCUUCAAGAGAAUUCUGAAUCCCGGAAUGAGACUGAGCCCUUGAACCCAGAAGUGACUCUCUCUGUGGAGGGGAACGUGAACCUAGAAGACAUUCUCUUCCUUGGGGACACAGAUGACUUUGAAGAGACACUUUAUAUGGAAGAGACUGAGAAGCCAGAGGAGUUACUGUAUAUUGAGGAGACGGUGCAGCCAGAGGAGACACUGUUCGUGGAAGGGCCUGUGCGUCCAGGGGAGACGCAGUAUGAGGAGACUGUGAAGCCACAUGUGGAUCCAGCAAAGAGCCCGAGCCCAGAGCAGGUUGUGUGUGAGGGAGAUGUGGCUGCAAGCGAGGAAAAGUCCAACCCUGAGGACAGCCUCAAAGCUGAGCCGAGCCCCAGCACAGAGAACCUGAGCAUCGAGGACCUGGAACUGCUAGAGGGCCGUUUCCAGCAGUGUGUGCAAGCAGUGGCCCAGCUGGAAGAGGAGCGGGACCAGCUCAUCCAUGAGCUGGUGCUGCUCCGAGAACCAGCCCUGCAGGAGGUGCAGCAAGUCCAUCGGGACAUCCUGGCUGCCUACAAGCUGCACGCGCAGGCAGAGCUGGAGAGAGACGGGCUGAGGGAGGAGAUCAGGCUGGUCAAGCAGAAGCUGUUCAAGGUGACCAAGGAAUGUGUGGCCUACCAGUACCAGCUGGAGUGCCGCCAGCAGGACGUGGCUCAGUUCGCUGAUUUCCGGGAAGUGCUGACCACAAAGGCAGCCCAGCUGUCUGGGGAACUGGCCCAACUCCGGGACACCUAUCAGAAGCAGAAGGAGCAGUUGAGGCAACAACUAGAAGCGCCCCCAAGCCAGAGAGAUGGGCACUUUCUCCAAGAGAGCCGGCAGCUGUCUGCAGAGUUUGAACAUCUCAUGGCAGAGAGCCGCCAGGGCCUGGAGGAGGAAUAUGAGCCUCAGCUACUGAGACUCCUGGAGAGGAAAGAAGCAGGGACCAAAGCUCUGCAGAAAACCCAGGCCGAGAUCCAGGAGAUGAAGGAAGCUCUGAGACCCCUGCAAGCAGAGGCCCGGCAGCUCCACCUGCAGAAGAGGAACCUGGAGGACCAGAUCACACUUGUGAGGCAAAAACGAGAUGAAGAGGUGCAGCAGUACAGGGAACAGCAGGAGGAAAUGGAAGAACGAAAGAGGCAAUUAAGAAGUGGGGUGCAACUCCAGCAACAGAAGAACAAAGACAUGGAGCAGCUAAGGAUCAGUCUUGCAGAAGAGCUCUCAACAUAUAAGGCUAUGCUUCCCAAAAGCCUGGAACAGGCUGAUGCUCCCACUUCUCAGGCAGGUGGAAUGCAGAAACAGUCUCAAGGCGCUGUUUAGAAAUGUAUGGCCGAGUCUGCAACACAGAAACAACCAAAAAAACUUCCUAGUAAAGAAUUAAUUACCACGUACCCUUUAGACUUUUCCCAAACAGACAAAGAACUUGGCAAGCAGUUCACCCUGUGAAAAUUGCAAAUACUGGCUAAAGUGAUUCUAUCGUUGGCUGGAAAAACAUCACCCAAUUCUUAGCUGGAUUCUACUGAUACCGACCUGAAUGCACUGAGGAAUGGAAAAAAUGCCUUCUAUUUUCCAGCAGCAACCCUCACAGGCAGGAUAAGUAAAGGAUGAACGUGUGGACACAUCUUGCAGUAUUGUGAAGAAUGUAUCUUGCCUUGUGUUGACCCGAACCAAAAACAUUUUGGGGGACAAAAAGCCAACUUUCCUUAUAUGGGUCUACAACUUGAAAUCUUCUGUGCCAUGAGCGUUAGAUGUUAAAUGAAUCCUCUUACAAAAUUUACUUUUUCUUAAGGGCUAUGCAGACUCAGUUUACUCUUAUAAUUUUUGUCAACGUAGUUUUCACUGUACGACAACCAGACUUUGAGAAAAGGGAACGAAUUCAGAUCUGAAUGUAACAGUUUAAAACCACUGUAUUCAGAUUUUCCCAAAUGAUCUGCAAUGAGUUUUGGGUGUUAAUGAUCUACUCAAUCAAAACAAAACUGAGUGACUAGAAAGAGCCAGUCAUUUUAUCUGGUUAUGGCACGGGAUGAUACAGGCUUUCAGGGCCUAUUGUUUUCAUCCUCUUAAAUACAAGCUCCAGUGAAAAUCAUACUGGGGAGAGUCAACCUCAACCUCUCUUUUCCACGUUUAAAUUUUGCCUUAAAUUCUCUAUACCAUACUGCCUUCGACAUUUGAAAGCCUGUGUAGUUCUUUAAGGACUUAAAAAAAAAAAAAAAAGCCAUUUUAUCACAGUCUAGUCUGUGCACUUCUGGCUGUGUUUUAUGUCUUGAACUUUCCCUGGAAAGGAGUAAAGCUCUUUUCUACAGCUCUGGAUCUGUUUAAUUUUAUUCUUGAUAGUCACAGACCAUAGAAAAUAACUCAUCUGAACAACUGUUCUAAAAGCGAUAGAUUUGUAUUUGAUGGUGUUACAUUCUAAAUAAAACCCAUCAGCAUUG